UCUGUCACUGACAGUCCCCUAGGGCGCAGCUGGAGGUGAGUAAGGUGACAGGACUAUGAGACUUGAGAGCCCUGACCUACAGAGCCCUCAAGUCUCAGUUCAGGUCACGUGCUCCCUGUGCCAGUCUCUGAAGGAAAUCGCAGACUGAAAGGAGAAUCAGAGCUGCAAGGCUCUGGGGGAUCUCUGAAGAGAUGUGGGAGAAAAGAGGAACUAGGAACGCGCCCGACUGGAGCACCGGGGGCCUGAAUUAAUCGGGAGGCCCAGGUGCCCGGAACUUUCGCAAAGCUCUCCCCAGAGGCUUCUGCGGGGCGGGAAUGAGGACUGCCCGAUUCUCUCUGCAAAUCCAGCCACAGCCGGCGGUAGCCGGAUCUCAGGAAGCAGUCAUGGCAAAGGCUGUGGCCCCCGGACUCUAUCUGCUCCCAAUCUGCAUCCUUUUCUUUCUACCAAGCGGUGUGGGAACUUCGCUGAAGGCUGGCACACACUAUCUCAGGUGCGACUUCAGUAUCAAGUCUCAUCCCACAGACAGAGAGGAAGGUUGGGAAGUACAUUGCACGGCAGAUGGAGUGACUUUACUUCACCAUAGUAGCGGAGGAAAGGUGGUAAAUGAUGCUAAGACAUGUGGAGGUUUGUACCCAAAACUAAAAGACACUGGAGAAGACUUGAGGAAGCAGCUACUCCACAUGGAAAAGGAGGCAGUGCUGACCAGGGGCCAUCACGCCAUGGAGGGCACCAUGGUAUCUCAAUAUAAACAAGGACAACGCAUUGAUGCCUCCUGGAACUUCACCAUUGAUGGACAGCAUUCCUUCUGCUAUGUUCACUAUAAUCAAAACAACAAGAAAUGGGAAGUGAUUAACUAUAACGCCACAGGUAUCCUAGAUAAUUGGGAGAAUAAUGCAGAACUAGCACAAGAUCUAGCAAUGCUCUCCAUGGGAGAUUCCAGACACUGCCUUGAGGAAUUCUUAAAGCACCAGAAGGAAAUGCCAAGACCAACAUCAAGAACCCCAAACAUCAGAGAGAUUGCAUCUGCCACACAGCAUCCAUGUGCCAUGAACACCACCCAGCUUCCACCUAUCAGGCAGCUUCGUGAUAACAGAGAAUCCAUGGCAGUAGCCAUCCCCAUCAUCCUCUUUGUUAUUGCUAUUGUUGUUGCUAUUGUUAUUGGCAGUGGCAUUGGCAUUGGCAUUUGCACUUUCAAAUAUUUGAAGAAGAAAUGUCAUCCCCAAGAAGGAGAAAGAUUGAAUUCCACAUCUUUCACCCAAGUUUCCCGAAUUUGGAAAAAUCGCAGGGGUCAGCACACCCCAAUUGUAAUGGGGGAACCUCAACCUGGGAAUAACACUAACAUUAUGGUGAUGUCUUCCCUGUUAGGUGCUUCUCCGCAAUGCUUCCCAAAGUCCUCAUCUGGAGUCUGAUCUACACUCACUGUCUCCAGCUGCCGCUGCUCCUCCUCUUCUGCAUCACAGCCAGGAAGAUAGACGAUGUUGGCAAUCUGCCAUUCCACUUCUGAUCAAAUGCGGUGUGAAAUAUUUAAGUUGACUGUCUCCAUGCCUCCUCUGUGUCUUCAUGAAGAUGUCACAGGUCAUUGUCACCAGUAACUCUAUCUCGCUUUAUUCCUGUCCCCUUUCUCACUCUUAGACUGUGACAAUGAGGAGAUCAGAUUAUUCCCUGCUCUAGGUUACUCCUUGUUGUGUAAAAUGAUGGCUUUCAUCCUGGGUCUUCCUCAAGGUGACUCCAUUUUUAAAGCAUCAAGUUGAUGCCUGGGCAUCUUCUGUAAACAUAGACAUGUCUAGCAAAGUCAGAAGGCAAAGUCAGAUCAAUGCCUUAUUCCUAAAAGUCAAAGACAUCGCUUAUAUACAUAUCAAAAUCAGUUAGAUACAUGAGCAUGAGAACAUUUCAAAACCAUCUGUGCUGGACACCAACCAGCAUCCAAAGCAUGACAUGGAGACUAAUUAUUAGUUAUAGAUGCUGAGACUUAUGUUACACUCACUUGUCACUAACUCUUAUAAUUUAAAUGUACUUGUUUCUCUUCAUCUAUGUUAUGCUGGUAUAAUGCUGGUAUUUACUUUUUUCUUUACUUAUUUAAAAUACUCCAGUGUAGGAGAUUUGUUUGUAUCCUCUGAAUUAAAAGAAAUUUGAACUAA